GAUACAUACACACAGGGGGUGGAGAGAGCUGAUUCAGAUGGGAGGAGAUCACAAGCUAAGGAGCUGGGCUCUGCAGCAGGCUGAUACAAAGUGCAGACCCCUCAGCACUCAGGGCAAAGGGGGUCUCUGGGCUGCAGGCUGUGCCAUCACCCACCUACCCUUCAAGACAAGGACCCUGUCCCCUGGGGCUUCCAUCCUGCUUUCCGUAUGACUAGGAGUCAGACUCUGCUGCCGUACAUUGCAGUCCAGUUCAAUAAGAUGGGCUCGUUCCGCCGCCCUAGGCCACGGUUUAUGAGUUCUCCUGCCCUUAGUGACUUGCCACGCUUCUAUGCCAACAGACAGACUGCACAGCUGAACUCCAGCACUGUGUGGAACAGUGUCCAGUCGGCCGUAAUAAAUGUGUUUAAAGGUGGCGGGCUCCAGUCGAAUGAACUGUACUCUUUGAACGAAAGCGUCAGACAUUUACUCAAAAGUGAACUUGGAUCCUUUAUCACGGAAUAUUUUCAGAAUCAGUUACUAUCAAAAGGUCUUGUGUUAAUGGAAGAGAAGGUGAAGUUGUAUGAAGGUGAAAACCGAAUUGCCAUCAUAUCCGAGCUAUGGGACCAUUUCUUUACUGAGAUCUUGCCUACGCUUCAGGCUAUAUUUUAUCCUGUCCAGGGCCAAGAGCUUACCAUCCGUCAGAUUGCUCUUCUUGGCUUCCGAGACUCUGUCCUGUUAAAAGUGGGUCUGGAUAAGACGUUGUCGAACAACAAUUCUCCGAUACCACCAUCCUUUCUUCAAAUGCUGCUCGUCCUUCAGGAUGUUCAUGAACCUUCUGGUCCAAGUGAAGGUUAUCUAAAGCUGGAGGAACUCGUGAAAAUGGUUGUAUCGCCUUACUUGGCAGCAUACGGAGACAGGACCUACAGCAAUGGUGGUGGCUCCUGUUUUCUUGAACAUCGAUUCACCAGAUGUCACGCCAGAUCGGAACCUAUGCCUUACUCAUCUUCCCACCCUACCACCUCACUUGCUGCUGAGCGCUCCUUGUCCCCACUCACGGAACACGAAGGGGAGACUUACCUGGAGAAAUGUGGCAGCAUCCGUCGACACACUGUGGCCAAUGCCCACACAGACAUUCAACUUCUAGCCAUGGCCUCCAUCAUGCAUCCAGCAAGGUCGGAUGAGUCUGAAAUUGGGGAACAAUGUCUCCUACUGCAGCCUGGCUUCAACUCACGACAGUGUAACAGUGAACCGAACAUUGCAGACGACCCUGGAGAUAUGCUGCCCGAUUCCCUACAGGAGAACACAGAACAGGAUUCCAUGUCUUCUAGCUGACGGAACAACUAGGGAGACUAUCUGGACACAACCUUGAGCUUUUACUUGUAGGCAGGAUCACAGAUGCCCUCAAAAUACACUUUGGCACAUGUAAUACCUCCGUAUUAUAUUCCAUCCUCCAAAGUAAACUCCAUUAGGAAGAUGGCAAAGGUUGGCUAGUGAGAGGGCAAAUGCAGAUUUGGCUAUGGCUCAUAGUUACCCUUACCAUGUGCUUCCCACACAAAAAAAGGUUCUAGGUAACGAACUGAAAUGAUUUAUGAGAAGUAUGGACCCUCCUUGAAGGUUCUGGAUUUGAGUCAUCUUCUUCUCUACAACAGUGACAGAACAUGCAUUGUGGUUACGUGAUGAAAUAAGGACUCCAUUUACGAAAAAAGACAGUUCUUAUGUGUUCUUUUCACACUAAAAACUUUGAUGGACUUUUUGGUUUUAUUCACUGUGGGUAAGAAUGUUUGUUCAUCUCAGAGAAUAUUUAGACAUGCAAGUCUAUGGGAGAAAACACAACUGGGUUCUUUGUGACUUUGGACCCUAAAGAGUUCUAUACCAUGCUAAAUAGGUGCCUCCUAUGGUUUUUGUAACUUGACGCAACUCACCAGCAAUUCGAAUUUAGCUAGAUUUUUUUUUUAAUGUUGGGCUUCAUAGAUGAGUCAAAAUAUUUUAUGACAUUUCGAGACUAGUGGUUUUUCAAAGUAAUAAUUGGUUGGUCUGCAUUGCAAAAAAAUAGGAAUACUGUUAAAAUGUGGUACAGUUAAACUAAUAAAAAAGGGCAAUGCAUGCUUCACGAGGGGUUGUUUAUGAACUGCUAUAAUAAUUCCAGACAUGAAGAUCAUUUGUACAGAAAUCUUGAAAAUGACUGUUUUACAGCAGAUAAGUGCUGUAGGACCUGCUGUUGUUAAAAGUGAUUUGGGGUGAAAAGGAACAUUAAGCCAUAUUGAAUGAAUGAAUAAAGAAUGUAUUUAUUUUAAGAGU